AUGACCUGCCCUCUGAAUAUCGCUGGGAAACUUCGGCACCGACUCCUCCGUCUUCAGGCUCAUCAGGCUUCUUCUUUUGUUGAAAACAAAUUUGACUUCUUUUCUGUUACUACCCCGGCGCCACGAGUACUGCAUUGUCAGCUUAAUCGACCGGCGAAAUUGAAUGCAAUGACUUUGGAGUCGUGGAGGCAAGUCGAACUGCGAUCGAUUUUCGAAAAAUUACAUGAAGACACGACCUAUCGGUGCGCCGUUAUUUCAGGCUCCGGCAGAUCCUUCUCUGCGGGCAUAGAUCUAAUGUCAUUCAAGUCCGUUCUUGACCAAGCGGAAGGUGAGGAUCCAGGCCGUAUUGCUAUUAAAACUCGGAAGGUCUUGAGGAACAUUCAACAGACAUUUUUAUCGAUUCAUAAGUGCCAUAAACCAGUGAUCUCCGCCAUCCAUGGCGCCUGUGUUGGCGGGGCUGUUGAUCUUGUCUCUGCAACAGACAUUCGCUUCUGUUCCUCGGAUGCUUGGUUCCAAGUAAAGGAAACUGAGCUUGGUUUUGCGGCCGACAUCGGCACGCUUCAACUACUACCAGCGGCCAUUGGGAGCGACAGCCUGGCGCGUGACCUAAUUUUCACGGGUAGACGACUCUAUGCUGAUGAAGCUUUUAGGGUCGGAUUCGUCAGUCGAGUGCUUGACUCGCCCGAGGCCACGCUUGCGGCAGCCCUGAACACAGCCAAGAAAAUCGCUGAGAAUAGUCCCGUUGCUGUGCAGACCUCCAAGGCCAGUUUGCUCUACUCAAGAAAUCGUUCUAUCGAGGAGGGACUCAGACACAUUGCGGACUUGAAUCAGGUCAUGUUGCAGUCGCCGGACAUCAAGUUGGCUAUUACCGCUGCACUACAAAAGAAGAAACCCGAGUUUCCUGACGCCUAA